UAAAUCUUGUUUUCUACCCGUACCGGCCUAAAUAUACCGUCUCGUCACUGUCGCGCUGUGUCAAAACGGUUCCGGUGUGUACUCUCGUAGAAUAGCGCGUUGGCAGUCGUGACACACCGAGAUCGUAUCAAUGGUGCUCAGAGCGGACUGUUUUGUUCAAGGCCAGUCAGUCGGAAACCAUGCACCAACGACAACAUUCAUGAAAUAAAGAGAAUAAACUGUCUGAAUCCUAUGAAGAUGUCAAAGUAAGAUAGUUCAUUGUCAGUGACUCGUAUGUAGGUAAUGUCAUGACAUCAAAUAUUUACUCUGAAAUCUUCUCAAUUUUGAUGUGAAAAAUCGUUCAGUUAAAAUGCAUGUUUUCAAAGUUAGAAUCUGAAGGUAAAAAUUUGAGGAUAUGUCACGUGGCUUAGAAUAGCUUAAACGUUGAUAGACUCGGCAUGGGGGACCCUCCUUGCCUUCUCUAAUCAAAACGUAAAACUAGCUAUUGUUAUUUAUUCCAUUCAAAGAUUCCUCUUUUACGUCCAAACACUUAACAUUGAGUCGAGCCAAUCGCUCUAUUGUGGAGGUGCCCCGCUGGCCUAUUGUACACGGUUGUAUUAAAGAGUGGCCUGUUACCGUCAUUUCUCCACUGCAUCGCGAAAAUCCACCAAAAGACACCUCCCUCCUCUCCCUCGUCAACAGCUGAUAGACGUAACGUUGUUUAUAGCGACGUCGACAACGACGACAAAGCGCUUCCAAAGUUGUUGGCAGAUGAGGUGUUGACGAUUUGACAAAUAGUCUCAGUGUGCCAUGCUAUAACACGGGGAAGAUUGGCAGUUAUCACAAGCAUCCUGGGAUACCUGCCGCUGUCAACAUUCACAGAUAGCCCUUGUGACAAGAAAGUGACAAAUUGACAAUUGCAGGUGUAAGGUGGAACCAAAUUAAGGAGGUCAUUUUAUGCAUGCGACUGGACUCUCGCGUCUCCUCUGCCGUGAUGAUGGACAGUGGUCAGUCACAGUGGGGCCGCACCAUGAACGUCGGCACCAACGGCACUGCACACGUUGCGGGGACGUACCCAACAUAUUGCCAGAAGCUCACCGUCAAAGAUCCUAACGGAAUGGUGAAGGAGCUGGUGUUCCCCAAGGCCCUGGACUUGGACCGUCCUAAGAGGGCGAGGACGACAUUCUCAUCGGAGCAGCUGUACAAGCUGGAACAGGAAUUCCAGAGGAACCAGUACUUAGUGGGCAAAGAGCGGACGGAACUCGCCAAGAGGCUCAAGUUGUCCGAGACUCAGGUGAAGGUGUGGUUCCAGAACCGCCGUACUAAGUAUAAACGGGACCGGGAGCGGGAGGCCGAGGCGAAGGACUCCAAGGCAGAGACUGUAGCAACUCAGAACAUUCUCCGACUUUUGCAAGCUACCCGCCAUUACCCAGUGAACCCGUGUCCCGCCCCAGUCCCGCCAUCCUACCCUUACUUCCAGACAUACUUACACCACGGCUUGUCUUAGGGGAAAGUCCCACAAGAUGUUUCUAUGAUGUGCGUGAUUGGUUGGUUCUGGUGAUGCUCUCAAGUGCUAAACGUGUGCUCGGACGGAUGAUCUCAUGGUGCUUCGUUGGACAAGCUCUGGUUCAGCUGACUCUCGUGUGCUUAAGUCGACAACGAUUAUCGAAUGCAUAAAGACAUUGAUAAAGGCAAGAUGUUCAUGUAUUAAAUCGAUAAAGAUUUACGAAAGCUCAGCUGACAAAAAUGUGACUCUCAAUGGCCCAGGUGUAAGAGGCACAUCUCAACAGGGUCGCCUCCUUGUCCUGAGAUAAAGAAUCUUGUGGUGAUUCAGUGAUGAAGAUAUCCAUGUGCUCAAACGAUAAAGUUGCCGCUUCCUUAUGAUCAAUUUUCAACGAACUUGAAACUAAUAGUCUGAGGGCAAGACACGCAUGUGCUCUAACGCAGAGACAAGUGAGACAUGAGACAAUAGACAUACUCCAGACAAGUGCUAUGUCGGUAUAAUUGUUAGAAUAGUGAAGACAUGUAUUAUACAGCGGGUGGUGAUUUAUGCAUGAAGGACAGU